ACCGAGCCACUGAAUACCAGGAAGUUCUUGGGACUGCAGACAGGCACACCCCAGAAUCCUAACCUCAGCCAGACUCAGAGCCUCUCCAUUUCUAGGUGCCACCUUCAACCUGGCCCCGGGGCUGGUGCUGAGAGUCCGGGGCCUUCUCAGCACUGGGGCUUCACAGAGAGCCUUAACCACCCUGUGUUGGGCAAAACCCGUGCCCCGCAGUCAGCCUUGGCCUUUGACUCCCAGUCCUCUCCCACCCGGCCUCUGCUGGGGCAGUCAGUGCUGGGCAGCUGUAAUGGGGUUGCCCUGUGACUCCCGCAGCACCCUCGUGGUGCCUUUAUCUCUCCCCUCUCUGCCCAUGGGCACUGGUGGGCUGCGGCCUGACCGGCCUCUGAUGCUCCUGGUCUCUGCCCAGCAGCUCCCGGCCUGCCCCUGGCAUGGAGACCUUCUUUAGAAAACACUUCCAGCAGAAGACGCCCGGCCCCAGAGAGGGGCAGCGGCGGCCAAGCGGUGUGGGGCUGCCCACCGGCAAGGCCCGGCGCCGCUCACCUGCUGGGCAGGCCUCCUCCUCUCUGGCACAGAGGCGCCGCUCCAGUGCCCAACUCCAGGGCUGCCUCCCAGUCUGCGGGCUGGGUGCCCAGGGUGCCAGCUGCCGCCGGCAUUCUAGCACCGCGCCCCCCACCCGAAACCCCCGCUUUGUGGUGGAGGAGGUGCCCACCUUGCGCGCUAGCACUGUGGGGGCCCAGUGUCUGGGUGCACCGCCUCUGCUGGCUGGACUUGUGGGCAUGGAGGAGCAGGAGGAGGAGGGGGUCCUGGCAGGGGAGGCAGUGGCCGGGCCAUCAAGCUCUACUCAGCCAGGCCCCGGGGUGCCAGAGCCCCCCAUGCUCCAGGGUCGGGGGCCACUGCUGCCUAUGCCCCCGUCCAUGGGCCCUGUGCCCCCUGCCCGGGUGCACCCACUGUCCCGCAGACGCCAGGUGGCCUUGCGGCGCAAGGUGGCAGCCGGACCCCAGGCCUGGAGCGCCCUGCUUGUGAAAGCCAUCACCAAGUCAGGCCUCCAGCACCUGGCACCCCCUCCUCCCACUCCUGGGGCCCCGUGUGGCGACUCCGAGCGGCAGAUUCGGAGCACUGUGGACUGGAGUGAGUCAGCCACGUAUGGAGAGCACAUCUGGUUCGAGACCAAUGUUUCCGGGGACUUCUGCUAUGUUGGGGAGCAGUACUGUGUCGCCAAGAUGCUGCAGAAAUCAGUGCCGAGGAGAAAGUGUGCAGCCUGCAAGAUCGUGGUACACACCCCCUGCAUCGAGCAGCUGGAGAAGAUAAACUUCCGGUGUAAGCCAACCUUCCGGGAAUCGGGCUCCAGGAACGUCCGCGAGCCAACCUUCGUACGGCACCACUGGGUGCACAGGCGACGGCAGGAGGGCAAGUGCCGGCACUGCGGGAAGGGCUUCCAGCAGAAGUUCACCUUCCACAGCAAGGAGAUCGUGGCCAUCAGCUGCUCCUGGUGCAAGCAGGCGUACCACAGCAAGGUGUCGUGCUUCAUGCUGCAGCAGAUCGAGGAGCCCUGCUCCCUAGGGGCCCACGCGGCUGUGGUCAUCCCACCCACCUGGAUCCUCCGUGCCCGGAGGCCUCAGAGUACCCUCAAGGCCAGCAAGAAGAAGAAGAGAGCAUCCUUCAGGAGAAAGUCCAGCAAGAAAGGGCCUGAGGAGAGUCGCUGGAGACCCUUCAUCAUCAGGCCCACCCCGUCCCCCCUCAUGAAGCCCCUGCUGGUGUUGGUGAACCCCAAGAGUGGAGGCAACCAGGGCGCCAAGAUCAUCCAGUCCUUCCUGUGGUACCUCAACCCCCGGCAGGUCUUCGACUUGAGCCAGGGAGGGCCCAAGGAGGCGCUGGAAAUGUACCGCAAAGUGCACAACCUGCGGAUCCUGGCCUGCGGGGGCGAUGGCACGGUUGGCUGGAUCCUCUCCACCCUGGACCAGCUACGCCUGAAGCCUCCGCCCCCCGUUGCCAUUCUGCCUCUGGGGACUGGCAAUGACUUGGCCCGCACCCUCAACUGGGGUGGGGGCUACACCGAUGAGCCUGUGUCCAAGAUCCUGUCACACGUGGAGGAGGGCAACGUGGUGCAGCUGGACCGCUGGGACCUCUGUGCUGAGCCCAACCCCGACGCGGGGCCUGAGGAGCGGGACGAGGGCGCCACCGACCGGCUGCCCCUGGACGUCUUCAACAACUACUUCAGCCUGGGCUUUGAUGCCCACGUCACGCUGGAGUUUCACGAGUCUCGAGAGGCCAACCCCGAGAAGUUCAACAGCCGCUUCCGGAACAAGAUGUUCUAUGCUGGGACAGCAUUCUCCGACUUCCUGAUGGGCAGUUCCAAGGACCUGGCCAAGCACAUCCGGGUGGUGUGUGACGGAAUGGACCUGACCCCCAAGAUUCAGGACCUCAAGCCCCAAUGCAUCGUUUUCCUGAACAUCCCCAGGUACUGCGCAGGCACCACGCCCUGGGGCCACCCCGGCGAACACCACGACUUUGAGCCCCAGAGGCACGACGACGGCUACCUGGAGGUCAUCGGCUUCACCAUGACAUCCCUGGCAGCGCUGCAGGUGGGCGGGCACGGUGAGCGGCUGACCAUCCGUAUCGCGCUGCGCAACCAGGCCACCAUGGUGCAGAAGGCCAAGCGGCGCAGCGCCGCACCCCUGCACAACGACCAGCAGCCUGUGCCCGAGCAGCUGCGGAUCCAGGUGAGCAAGGUCAGCAUGCACGACUACGAGGCCCUGCACUACGACAAACAGCAGCUGAAGGAGGCCUCCGUGCCACUGGGCACCGUGGUGGUCCCCGGAGACAGUGACCUCGAGCUCUGCCGUGUCCACAUCGAGAGGCUGCAGCAGGAGCCCGAUUGUGCCGGAGCCAAGUCCCCGAUGACGUGCCACAAACUGUCGCCCAAGUGGUGUUUCCUGGAUGCCACCACCGCCAGCCGCUUCUACAGGAUCGACCGCGCACAGGAGCACCUCAACUACGUGACCGAGAUCGCGCAGGACCAGAUUUACAUCUUGGACCCUGAGCUGCUGGGGGCAGCGGCCCAGCCCGGCCUCCCCACCCCAACUUCCCCCCUCCCCGUCUCGCCCUGCUCCCCGACACCCCGGUCGCUGCAGGGGGGCGCUGCAGCCCCUCCAGGUGAGGCGCUGAUCGAGGCUGCCCAGAGGAAUGACUUCUGUAAGCUGCAGGAGCUGCACCGGGCAGGAGGUGACCUCAUGCACCGGGACUCCCGCGGCCGCACACUCCUGCACCACGCAGUCAGUGCGGGCAGCAAGGAAGUGGUCCGCUACCUGCUGGACCACGCGCCCCCGGAGAUCCUCGAUGCGGUGGAGGAGAACGGGGAGACCUGUCUGCACCAGGCGGCGGCCCUGGGCCAGCGCACCAUCUGCCACUACAUCGUGGAGGCCGGGGCGUCCCUCCUGAAGACCGACCAGCAGGGUGACACCCCCCGGCAGCGGGCCGAGAAGGCGCAGGACCCCGAGCUGGCCGCCUACCUGGAGAACCGACAGCACUACCAGAUGAUCCAGCGAGAGGACCAGGAGACGGCUGUGUAGCCCGGAGGCCGGGGCGGCAGAGACCGCGAAAGAUGAGCCCCCUCCCUCCUGCCCACCUCUCCGCCACAUUCCAGAGCCGGCAGCGGAGGGGCAUCCAGGGAAGGAGCCCCGAUGACGAGCUGGGGCCGGGGCAUCCAGGGAAGGAGCCCCGAUGACGAGCUGGGGCCGUCACCUGUCCCCUCUGAGGCCCCCGGCUCGCCCCCAGGCACACAGGGAGCAGGAACCCGGCGGGCAGGGCCACUGCAGGUCAGCCUCGCCCUCAGCCCAGCAGAUGC